AAGUGUCAUUCUCUUAUCUUCCAGACAGCACUAUCCACGACCUCGACGCUCCCAAGCGUUCAACAAGAGAAACAUGACUUCUCCGUAUGCUGUACCACCGUCGCCAUUUCCGACAAUGCAACCUAUUGCAACUGCACCACCACCUAGUGCAUUUCCGAUGCCGCAACCUGGAAUGCCACAACCCGGAAUACCAAUGGUACAGCAAGGUGGCUGGUUACCGCCGAAUACGACUUGUCCACCCGGCUUGGAAUACCUUAUGGCCCUUGAUCAUCUAUUUGUACAACAAAAAAUCGAAUUAAUCGAAGCCUUCACCGGAUGGGAGUCUAAAAACAAAUAUACCGUAAUGAGUAUCAGAGGAGAGACAAUAUAUUAUGUGGCAGAACAAUCAGGAAUAUGCGCACGUUUGUGUAUGGGCUCGUACCGUAGUUGUGAAUUUCACGUGUUCGACAGUAACCGAAGAGAAAUCCUGCGUAUGGUUCGACCAUGCAGGUGUGCAAGUUGCUGUUGCCCUUGCUGUUUGCAGAAAUUAGAAGUAUAUUCUGGUGAUACGUUGCUUGGUACAGUAUCACAAAGUUGGAGUCUUUGGAGACCCUGGUUUUCCAUUGAGGAUGCGACCGGAGAAACUGUUUUAGUUAUAAAAGGACCCUGGUUCCGAUUUUGCGUAGACGUAACAUUUAAAAUAAAGUCUGCAGAUGGAACACAUAGGAUUGGUGAAAUUAAAAAAGAAUGGAGUGGAAUGGGUAGAGAAAUAUUCACGGACUCCGACAAUUUCGGUAUGAACUUCCCUCUGGAUCUAGAUGUUAAGAUUAAGGCUGUUUUACUUGGAGCCUGUCUUCUAAUUGACUUCAUGUAUUUCGAACAAAAAGGGAAGAGUAAUUUAUAGAAUUUGUA